GAAAAGCAUUGGUCCGUGUUUCCGAGUGGGACGUAAGACCCCCGCCUCUGAAGAAACAACAUUGCCUUGUGCACCUCUGACUGCAAUGACUUUUGACUCGCCCAUGGCACAUCUCGUUCAUGUACAGAAAACAUGCACAUGAUUGCACGAUCAGCCUUCAUUGUGACGGGGCUGCUUGCUUUAAAACAUGACAUAUCCAGCUAGAUAGUCCAGUCGGCCCGUCCGACCAUCCCUUUGUAGCAGAUAUCCCAAGUAGAUGCCUUCACCAAAUCAAAUGGAAAGCUCCACUGUCCCUUCAAAACCUUCACCAAAUCUGUCACGUGAAUUUGUGGGGAUGCAGCUCAUAACAGAUCUAGUGGGAUGGGAAUAGGACAGAUCAGUUCAACUGAAAUCAGCAACCAUGGACAAGCCAAACCUCACAGAGUCCGGCUCACGAGACAAAACAAAACAAAUAGAAAGAUACGAACGCUUUGUAAAUGAGCGACUACGAGUAGACCUACAAAAGGCUGUGGUCGCUCGGGACAAGAUUUACGAGACCAUUGCUGAAUACCUAAAGUUGCGUAACCAGAUUGACCUGCUCAGAAAUGAAAAGCUCAACGAGCUGAAAACCAUGAUGGAUGUUGGAUGCGAGUUUUUCAUGCAAGCCAAAGUGCCAGAUACAUCGAGGAUCUACGUCAAAGUAGGAGCAGGCUACCACGUUGAACUAACGCUGGACGAAGCCGUUACUUUCAUUGGAGAAAAGGAGAAAUCAUUACUAAAAGCGGCUGACAAACACACGGAGACGGCAUCAAAAAUAAAAGCACACAUAAAGCUUGUGUUGCAAGCCAUUCAAGAGAUUUUGGAAUUGGAUCACACGGAGCAGAAGGUGUAUCGAGAACCUUGAUGCGAGAUGGGCUGCAUGGUGCUAAGUAUUUAUUUACAAGCAUGUAAGUUCCUAAACGCCAAAAGGCCGGCGGGUAUGUAUAUACAUGAAGGGUGACGGAUCUUAGAUGUAGCAUUGUUUAUAUUUAUGCACUUGCAUGGGAGGGGUGUGUGGAAUUAGUUCGAGAUGAUUUGUGGGUAUGUCUUGCUACCAUUAGCAUUCUAGGGAUUUUAAUCCUACUGCAUAUAUCGUGGCAACGCCUGAACACAGGCGCAUGAAAUUACUCGUAAUAUCUUGUAGAAAGAUAGUAUUCUGAGUAUGAGCAUCAGAUACACUCAUCUAGAACUUGAGUCUCCACUUUAAGAAGGAGGCUUUGGGAUAUAUUUUGCCCACAACAAGACGGAAAAAUGUACAAAGAAUAAAAUCCUGACAAUGGCG